AUUCGUUUCGGGAGUUUAUUUCAGAUUUCUCUAGUUGUUUUUAUUUGUUUAAAAAUGGAUGACUAUGGCGUCUUUGAUUACAAGCGCCCUGUUAGCGCCACGGAUCCGGAUUGGAGGACCUCGUACUAUCGCGGGCAUCGUCACAUCACCGAUCUGAGGAUGGGCAACAAGCUAAACGCCAAGUUUGCAGACAAAGGGAUUUAUGUACAGGAUCCGCUGCUGUCGGAGAAGCCGACUUCGGAGUGCAUGGCCAAUUAUGUGUGGCAGUACGGCAAUCCUAAUACCCUGAGGAAUCCCUCGCUCAACAUGAAGACCCAGUACAUGAAGCCCUUCGAGGAGGGCAAACUUCGCUUCGUGAAGCGGAAGAUGAAGCCCAUUUCGAGUGUCAGUCACGAUUCUUUUGUGCUCAAAGAACUUCCCGAGGAGCAGGAAAUUCUCCCGAUUACAAUGCCCACUCCGGUGGCGGCCACCAAGCUGAUUAUCGACCGUUCGGAGGCGUCCUACAGCAAGUACUUGGACCCCUCUGCCACCACCUAUAAUCUCUCCUAUGUGCGCUUGAGUCCCGAGGAUUUAACAGGCGGUGUGGCGGCCCACGAUAAUAUAACUUUCUGGAAUUGGUCGGAGAAGAUGCCGCCCACUCGGAAAGUAAGCCGUGAAGAGGAUCACGCAAUGUGCGACGAGGGUAACACGCAGAUUUGUCCCAAGCGGAGAUGCGAGUUCCAAAACCUCACGAAACGAGUGCCCCAUUCGGGAAUGAUCACCGAAGUGCGGGCUAAUUUCACGGAUCCGCAGUUCCGAAGGGUGGAAUUCGAUCCGGAUGUGAAACCGAUCCUGGUGCACGAGGAAGUUACGCCGUUUGCAACGAAAAGCGAGUACAACAUCUACGGAUCGGGAGAGCCCGUUAUCAAGUACGUUUAGGAGUUU